GCCGGCUGACAUGUGAUUUCGGGCAUGAUGUUGCAGACUGAAGUCGAGGUGGAUUAAGGGUUCCCAUAAAAGCGCAUGGACACUGACGGCUUCAGAAGGAGAGGAGAAGAACAGGUAGAGCCAGGAUUUAACAAGAGGAAGAACUUGCAAAGAGAGUGUCCCAUUUGCAAAAGAGAACACCAUUUAUUGGAUACCUUAAAUCAUUUCCCCCAGGAUCCCAUUAUUUACACAUUAAUGCAUUUUGUAUCAUAAAAAACUAAAAGUUUAUAUUGUCAAGGUGUGUUUUCUCUCUUAAACUUUUCAUGAAUUUUUCACUUUCAGUUCUUUUGAGUGUUUUUAUAGUGGUUUUGUCUUACUGUUGCUGCACAUUUGUGUGUCUUUCAGCAUGCCUCCGGUAGCGUUGAAAUGCAUGCUGCUGUGUAUGUUGAUGGGUGGGACUGUGGGUGCCUGUAUGCUGAAGAAUCACACCUUAUGGAUUGAAAGGCAAGACUGUGCCCAGUGUGUCCUCGUCAACACCACUAUCUGCAGUGGCUACUGCUACACUCAGGACACUAAUCUGAGGGGACGGUUCGGGAGGACUUUUCUGAUCCAGCGCAGCUGUGUGCCCCUUUCCCUGGUGUAUCGACCCGCUCACCUGCCUGGCUGCCCUAAGGAGGUGAACCCGCAGGUGUAUUAUCCUGUAGCCCAUCGGUGCAGCUGCAGGCGCUGCAACACGCGCUCACACCACUGUGUGCGCACACGCCGGGUCUCGUAUGACAGGUGCACCUCGAUCUUUGGCAGCAUGCAGAGCAAGAACGAGCACUUUGGAAACCUCACAACAUGCUAA